AUGCACUCAGGCUUUACAUUGGUAAAUUUCAGGGAUGAAGCCACUCAAGACCUGAUUCUGGAAACGGGGGUCAUUCACUUUGACAAAAAACCAGUUCUCCUUCGACCUUGGACAACCGAUAUGGAUUCUGUGAGAAUGGUUAAGUCUGUUCCAGUUUGGAUUCGAUUGAAUGGUUUGGGAUUACAAUAUUGGGGUAAGAAUAGUCUCAGUGCACUGGUGAGUACUAUUGGCAAACCAAUAAUGGUGGACAAGGUGACUCAGAGCAGAGCGAUGGUGAAAUAUCCUCCGGUUUUGGUAGAUAUGGAGAUUUCGGAUCACCCUCCUAAGAGCAUUGCUUAUAUCAAUGAACGGGGACAGUUAGUCGAACAAAUGGUUGAGUAUGAAUGGCUCCCAUCUAAGUCUGCUGCUUGUGCUCAAUUAGGGCAUAUAGUGGCAAAUUGUAACAAGGGGAAAGGUGUGGUUUGGAUGAAGAAAACCUCUGUUGAAAAAGGAGGUAAUUCCGAACAGGAAGUAAAUGGUCCUGAGAUUGAUAAACAACAAGUUUCAGGAUUUGCUAUACCAGAAAACAGAGAGCCUAUUAUUACAGUUACUGAUGCAGACGAUAGGGGAGAGACAUUAUGCACAGGCAUUGAUUCAAAGGAGAGUAAUAUUGAUCAGGGAUCUCACAGCUCUUCUCAGUUAGCUGGAACUGGUAAAAAGGACAGUGUUGGCAAUUGGACUACUCCAAAAAGACGAGGGCCUAAACAGGCAAUGGCAGCUCAUCACAAGGCAGCUGUAGCUCCUAGUAAGGCUAAUUUGAGUAAUGGUUAUAUUGUUUUACAAGAAACAGGGGAUGGGCAUAUGGUCAUUAAUGCUUACCCCAACUCUUGA